CCGCCCCGGGACCCGGAAGCGCUUGGGCUCGGCGGGGACAGCUCAGCCGGCUCUGCCCCAGCCCCGGUGCUCGCUCCCCGCCCGCCGCGGUGCUGCUGCUGCUUCGCCGACGCCUCCUUCUCGCCAUGAAGCCCGUCGUCGUCUUCGUCCUCGGCGGGCCCGGGGCGGGCAAGGGCACGCAGUGCGCUCGGAUCGUCGAGAAAUACGGCUACACACACCUUUCUGCUGGUGACCUCCUUCGAGAUGAACGGAAAAGACCCGGCUCACAGUAUGGAGAACUCAUUGAGAACUACAUAAAAGAGGGGGAAAUCGUACCGGUUGAAAUAACAAUCAGCUUGCUGAAGAGGGCUAUGGAUCAAACAAUGGCUGCCAAUUCCCAGAAGAACAAGUUCUUGAUUGAUGGAUUUCCCCGGAAUGAGGAUAAUCUUCAAGGCUGGAAUAAGACUAUGGAUGGAAAGGCGGAUGUUUCUUUUGUUCUCUUCUUUGAUUGCGACAAUGAGAUAUGUAUUGGCCGCUGUCUUGAAAGAGGCAAGAGCAGUGGUAGGAGUGAUGAUAAUCGGGAGAGUCUGGAAAAGAGAAUUAAUACAUAUCUGCAGUCUACUAAGCCUAUAAUAGACUUGUAUGAGAGAAUGGGAAAAGUCAGGAAAGUGGAUGCCUCUAAAUCUGUUGAUGAAGUUUUUGAAAAAGUUGUACAAAUUUUCAACAAAGAAGGCUAAUUCCCAGCUUGAAAGUUCGUUUAAACUUGUGCUUGAAUCUUGCUUGAAUUGCUGCUACUGCAGUCCACUCUUUGUAAUUGUUUUAAAAGAUUUUUUUUUAUUGUUUUUCACAUAUCUAGUGAUGAUUGGAAAAGCAGUUAAUUACAAAUGGAUCUGUUUUUUAAAUAGGAAAUAGUUUCUUGUGGCUAUAGUAUACAAAUUUCAGGGGUCUCUGUUAGUGCAACUUCAGUUACUCACACAGCAAAACCACGGUUAAAAUAUCUCUCUGAGGAGACUUUAUUGUGUCACGUUUCUAUGCCUAUCUCGGGGAGCCGUUCUUAUUCCUCAUUGCCAUACACCUAUUUUUUUUUUUUUUAAGGAUCAACUAAAGAGCAGAAUUAAGCAAUGAGGGACCCUUCUGCCCUCAUUUGUUUUUCAGAGGCUUGGACCAAAUUUAGCAGAUAUUUUUUUCAGAGUAUAAUUUUGUCACGAAAUUCCCUGUGGUCCCCAAACCUGAAUUCUGUAAGUCAUACUACAGUUAGUAUGAGAAUCUGUUUUAGCAGUUCUCACAAAACUAUUUAAUAUGCUGUCCAACAACAGACAUACAAAGUACUUUAUGGAAAUUGGUGCUUUCUUAUGACUCUGGAUGUAACCUGUCUUGUGAGUUCUUGAGUAGCUGGAUGACAUGGCCCUGGGCUUUAAUUUGUCUUCAUUUGCAAAAGAUUAAGAAUAUAAUUUCAAAGUCAGGUCAGUAUUUCCAUACUCAUUUAUUUUUAAUGAUAGUUAUAUUCUUAAUUACAGCAUGGCCUUCACAAGAUGGCUAAACUCUUAAAUAGUGUACAAUAAGCAAAAUCUUGUAACAGUUCUGUCUUUUGUAAUAAGUGGAAAGGAUUUUCUGUAUUAUUAUUAUUAUUAUUGAAAUACUGUGUUGCUGAAUGCUUUAAGGUUUGUUACCUGGGGAAAUAUUUUUAUGGUUAAACUAGUGAAUUUGUUUCCCUAAAAUUGUAUAAUUUUAAUAGCUUUUUGUUUGAAAAGAUUGUAAAUUAUUGCACUUCUCUUACGAUGCGGUCAGCUGAGGGGAAUAUACCUGCAGAAAACUGUUUCAUUCCCUUAAUAAAUUGGAUCCUGCGUCAUCACGUUCUCUUGAAUGAGCCAAGUAUAGUCAGCAGCAAUAGUUGGGAUAAGCAGAUAACUAGUUGAAACAGACCGAAUUAAGUGUUUGUACAGAUGUGAUGUAAUUCUGCCUUU